AUGAGAGGCUUCGGCAUUGCGUCCGCGGCCAUCGCGGCCACCAGCUUCUUCGCCAACAGCGCUCUCGCCGCCGACCUGCCUUCCAUCGUUAUCAAGGGUUCCAAGUUCUUCUACGAGAACAACGGCACGCAGUUGUAAGUUCCGGCCCAGCCAGUGUCAGCACGCCCGUCGUCUCGUCUGACACAAUAGUCACAGUUUCAUCCGAGGUGUUGCCUACCAGCAGGACUACUCGGGGGGUGGAAGCAAUGGAAACGGCUCCGACACAAGCACACAGACAUACAAAGACCCUCUGACCGACGCCGACCAGUGCAAGCGCGACAUUCCAUACCUUCAGCAGCUCCAGACCAACACUAUCCGCGUCUACGCCAUCAACCCAGACGAGAACCACGAUGACUGCAUGCAGCAGCUUGCCGCCGCCGGCAUCUACGUCGUUGCCGAUCUGUCUGCCCCGGUAGACGGCGAAUCCAUCAACCGCGACUCCCCAACAUGGGACGACUCUCUCUACGAGCGCUACACCUCUGUCAUUGACUCCAUGGCCAACUACACCAACGUUCUCGGCUUCUUCGCCGGUAACGAGGUCUCCAACGCACCGAACAACACCGACGCGAGUGCCUUCGUGAAGGCGGCAGUCCGUGACAGCAAGGCAUACAUCAAGGCUAGAAACUACAGGACCAUUGGUGUGGGUUAUGCCACCAACGAUGAUGCCGACAUCCGUGUCAACAUGGCCGACUACUUCAACUGCGGCGACACUGCAAGCGCAAUCGAUUUCUGGGGUUACAACGUCUACUCAUGGUGCGGCAAGUCUAGCUUCCAGCAGUCGGGAUACGAAGACCGCACCAAGGAGUUCUCCACCUACUCUGUUCCCGUCUUCUUUGCUGAGUACGGUUGUAACGAAGUCCAGCCACGUCUCUUCACCGAGGUUGGUGCGCUCUUCGGAGACGAGAUGACUGGUGUGUGGUCCGGCGGUAUUGUCUACAUGUACUUCCAGGAAGCCAACGACUACGGUCUCGUCUCUAUCGAUGGCAGCUCGGUCAGCACUCUCACCGACUUCAACAACCUCAAGACCGAGAUGGCCAAGGCUUCUCCCACUGGCGUCAACUCUGCCUCUUACACCCCAAGCAACUCUGCUGCGGCCUGCCCUACCACCUCUGACUGGGCCGCCAAGGCAUCCCCUCUCCCACCAUCGCCAAACAAGGAGCUCUGCAACUGCAUGUACAACUCGCUGAGCUGCACCAUCAAGUCCUCCGUCAGCUCUGAUGACUACGAAGACCUCUUCGGAACGGUCUGUGGCUACGGCUCCACUUGCGCUGGUAUCGCCCACAACGCCACCACUGGCAAGUACGGUGCCUACGGCAUGUGCAACUCCACGGAGCAGCUCGCCUUCGCUUUCAACCAGUACUACAUCGCUCAGAACAAGGCCUCCACCGCCUGUGACUUCAACGGCGCGGCUCAGGUCAAGAACGCCCAGUCUGCUUCUGGCUCUUGCAGCUCGCUUAUGGCGCAAGCUGGAACCGCCGGUACUGGAACUGUCACCGCUUCUCCCACUGCCAAUGCUGCUCAACAGAGUGGCUCCAGCGGCUCCAGCGGCUCCAGCAGCUCUUCCUCGGGUGCUGCUGGUCCUAUCGCUGCCAUUCCCAGCACCCAUGUCAGCAUGCUGCCAGUCGCAUUCAUGGUCGCCCUCGCCGUGACGUCGGGCAUGGGCAUGAUUCUGUUGUAA